AUUUUACAGUGUAUGGGUGUGUAGCAGCCCAAAAGAAGCGAGUAGGGUCUUAACCAGGACUAAACCAGGACUAAACCAGGUAUAGACCAGGUAUAAAUCACGACUGUCUCUGGCUUUCUGCGUUUUUCUCAGCUCUUGGUUGUAUUUGGAGUUUUUGUAUCAAUCAACGCAAACCCAGAUAUGGCUUGUCCCGGGCUGCUGCCGCCUCCUCAGGCCGAUUCACGGAACUUCUUCGUCGUCCCAGAGUCUCAGGACGAGCCGCUUGUGGAGCCGCUGGAGGAGCUGCGGAGCUUCGUGAACGCUCGGUUAUCUGCGGCCGUGGAGGACAUUCUGCUCGCGGUGGGGAAGACCGUGACGAGGUUCCUACACGAAUGUCCCCAGCAGAGGAUUCAGCAGGUCGGCGUAGAGCUCAAAGAAGAGCCGCCUGGAGCAUCUGAAGGUGUGGCAGAUCAGCCUUUGGAGCUGGAGCAGAAUCAGAUCAUUGAAGCCACGGGUACAGUGAAGGAGGAGCAGAUUCUGGUGAACAUCAGCCACACGUUUCUCAAAGAGGAACCAAAAACCUUUUCUCUGGAAGCCCAGUUUCCCCGGGGUGUCUUUAGGGAACAGACACAGGAAGUCAAAACGUUCUCUCUGAGGGGCCAGAAACCGGAGGAGAAAUGGCACCUUCAGCUACCUCCCAAAACCCAACCAAACCACAACCAGGACAUGGGUCUAAACCAGGACGAGACCCAGAAUCAAGGAGUAAACCAGGACCAGACUCAGAACCAGGACUGUGAGGAGAGUGUGGGGUGGGAGUUUGAGGGACUGCCACCUGGAGGCAGAAGUCCAGAACAAACAGAAAAUUCAUCUCAGGAAGAACAGUCUCUAAAACGAGAAACUGCAAGCCUGAAUCUGAACCUCGCCACGGUGAACCUGGGCCCAAAGUUGCAAGUCAACGGCGUGAUGUUAAAUCUUGUCACAUUAAAUGAGCCAACGCUAAACCCUGUCGCGCAGGAUUCAGACGACAACGUGACAGAGAACUCAUCUGACUUCAGCGACUCUGAAACUGAGUGUGUGAAACCUGUAUCUGUAGAGCAAUCUUUAAAUGCAGCUACACAGUGUAAUGAUGUCAUAAAGAUGCCGACUGCAGAGAGGGGCGGGGCCAGGCUGGAAAAGAGGCAGAGACAUAAAAGUGACACGCCAAGGAAGCGCAGGAAGGCAGUAGCAAGGAAGGAGGGUGGGGCUGAAGUGAACCACGCCUCCUCCACCUGUAAAAUGUUUGAUUUGCUGCAGAAAGUGAAGACCACCUGCGUGACUCCGCCCUGCAUGACUCCGCCCUGCGUGACGCCACCCUGCACGACUCCGCCCUGCGCGACGCCGCCCUGCGUGAAUUUGCCCUGCACGACUCCGUCCUGUGCAACUACACCCUGUAUGACUCUGCCCUACACGUCUCCACCCUGCCCCAUCUGUGGGAAACGCCUCAAGCAUAAAACCAGUCUUACCCGACACAUAAAGGGGCACCAGAGCCAUGACAGAAAAGAGGAGGAGAAAGGGAGGGACAAGACGAGAGGUGGAGGGGAGGAGAUCAAGAAAGCAGAGGAGAAAAGGAGGGAGAGAGUACAGAGGAGAAGGAAAAUGAAGGAGGAGAGAAGGAGAGAUGUGACAAGAGGGGAAAAGGAGAGAGAGAAAGGGAGGGUGAGAGUGCAGGGGAGUGACAAGAAGAGAAAGACGAGGGAAAAGGAGAGAGACAGGAAAGGGCGAAGAGAAGUAGAGGAGAGGAAGAAAGGGGGAGAGAGAACAGAGGAGAGGAAGAAAGGGGGAGAGAGAGGAGAGGAGAUGACAAAUGGGGGAGAGCGAGUAGAAGAGAGAGAGAGGGAGGAGGAGAGGAGCCGAAAGAGGCAGAGGAUGGAAACUGAUACUGACACAGACCAAACCAGGGACUCCUCUGAUGAAAACUGAAAACUGCAUAGUCCUAGUUCAGUCCUGGUUUAGUUCUAGCUCAGUCCUGGUUUUAGUUUUGGUUUAGACCCGGUUUAGUCCUGGUUUAGUCCUGGUUUAGUCCUGGUUUAGUCCUGGUUUAGUCCUGGUUUAGACCUGGUUUAGUCCCGGUUUAGACUUUUAGACUUGUUUUAGACCUGUUUUAGACCUGGUUUAGUCCUGGUUUGAUCCUGGUAUAGACAUGGUUUAGUUCUGGUUUAGUCCCGCUUUAGUCCCGCUUUAGUCCCGCUUUAGACCCGGUUUAGACCCGGUUUAGACCCGGUUUAGACCCGGUUUAGACCCGGUUUAGACCCGGUUUAGACCCGGUUUACACCUGGUUUACACCUGGUUUAGACCUGGUUUAGCCCUGGUUUAGACCUGGUUUAGUCCUGGUUUAGUCCUGGUUUAGACCUGGUUUAGACCUGGUUUAGCCCUGGUUUGAUCCUGGCAUAGACAUGGUUUAGUCCCGGUUUAGUCCUGGUUUAUUUCUGAUGCCAUCACACUGUCACUGUCCAAAAGUUUACAUGUUUUAAAUUUUACAUCAUUUUAAACAUGAUUUCAACAAACUGAUAUUAGGAGUUUUGGCCCAAUGUACCACAUGGUUGCUAGGUAAGAGUUAUGGAAUUGCCUGUGAAUAAAAUGUGUGGAAUUUUGUACAUUUUUACAGAAUUCUUUUAAAGCAAACAUACUGUGCUUGUGUAUUUUAAAUCACAAUAUUUAUCAAACGAUUUGAAGCAAAAUCCACUUUUCAGAGCUUUUAACCAUGUUACAGUUGUUUCCGCUCAACAGUAACUCAACUGAAGUUGUAUUUGGAGCGAUUUGUGCAUAUUUGAGUAAUCUUUAAUCGCUUAUUUUCAAGACGCCAUAUUGUAGAUCAACUCCUGUUUUCACCACCAUACGCCCACUACUCUCACUACUUCAUUCUCCAAUUUAAUUUUCUUUGAUGAUACAUAGGAUUUGGUAGCUGUCAGCUCUUAUGGACAGCUGCACAUCACACUAGCAAGCAGAUUUUUUUUCAUUUGUGCCAAAAUGACUACUGUAAGGUAUUUUUUAACAAUGUAAUACUACCCCAGAUGCCUGUAGCCCUACUCACCAAAGACCCCCACCCUGAGAGGGUCAUAAGCAAUCUACAGCACUGGGGCCAAGAAGAUAACAUCUAGGACCAGGGCCACUUCUUAUCUGUGGCCCUGUUCACCAAGGACUGAGUACCCCCCCAUCCUGUGAGGGUCAUAAAACAAUGAGAUUGAUUGACUUAAAAACGCACAUUCAGGGAUUUUGCCAAAAAGGUUUUUAAUGUGUAACCACAUGUUGCCGAGAGGAAGACCCGCCUCACACACUGGGAGGCCUAUAAAAGCUGGAAACACAAACAUCUCAGGACUCUCUUCCUAUCCUUUCCUGAGAGUCCGGUGCUUCAUUGUUAACUUUACCUGUGAUGAACUCAUUA